AUGUUGACCGCGGUAGCUGCAUCAGGGGACCGUGAGUGGCUGUGUCGAGCCCUGAGGGACUCGGAGAAGUACGUUGAGCAGUUGCUGACUUUGUUUAACCGCUUCAGUAAGCUGGUGAAGGAAGCCUUCCAGGACGACCCUCGCUUCCUCACUGCAAGAGACAAGAUAGAGAGCAACUGGGCGGGUUACGAUCGGCAUGGCUUCACAGGGGAGCAGUUCAUUCUGGAGAAGGGCGAGUAUCCGCGCUGGGACACCUGGACCAACAGUCAGAACAGCUACUCCCUCUUCUCUCUAAGGCCACUCAAAGUGGACGGUGCUGAACACAAGCUGCACCUGUUCGAGAACCCAGGGUUCACCGGUAGAAAGAUGGAGAUUGCUGACGAUGAUGUGCCCAGUUUGUGGGGACACGGUUUUCAGGACCGUGUGGCAAGUGUGAAGGCACUUAACGGAACAUGGGUGGGCUACCUCUACCCCGGAUACAGGGGGCGCCAGUUCAUCUUCGAGAGAGGAGACUUCAAACACUGGAACGACUGGGAGGCCCCAGACCCUCAGAUCCAAUCUGUCCGACGUGUGAGGGACAUGCAGUGGCACAAGAAGGGCUGCUUCGCUGCCCCAGACCCCGCCCCACAGGGGAUAGGCGCCCGCCCGACCCCCGCCCCCAGCCCCUGGGCCGCGCCCGGCCCUGACCCGCGACCCGUACCCCAGCCACCUCCUGGCACCUCCUGCCACCAGCUGGGAGGCCAGCUGAGAAGGACGCCCCCCCUACCUCCAGCCACCCCGAGUGACCCUCCCUACGCUGGCCGACAGCUGCCUUUUAACCUGACCUUGCAAACGACCGUGUGCCCGAUUGGAGAGUGCCAUGGGUAUGUUUCACUGGGCGAAUAA